GCAGGAACCUGCACACACAGUCGCCGAGCGAGAAACGAAACAGUGCACGUUCAUGUCGCAAUUGUAAGCAUAUUGGGUCAGCAUACCUUUCGCUUUUACAGAGGUGAUUGACAUGCUUCCUGUUGUGGUGGUCCAAGGAGGUGCUGGAUAUGUGCCAAGUGAGAAAUCAAAAGCGUCCAGGGCUGGGGUUUGCGCAGCUGCCCGAUCUGGGUAUGUUGUUCUCCAGAGUGGGGGAAGCAGCAUGGAUGCUGUGGUUGAGGCAGUGACCAAGCUGGAGAAUAACCCCAACUUCAAUGCAGGGUGUGGGUCAGUGCUAACCACCAAUGGGAACGUGGAGAUGGAUGCCAUUGUGAUGGAUGGGAAAACACUGGCUUGUGGUGCUGUUUCUGCUGUGCGCAAUAUAGCCAACCCUGUGCAGCUCGCAAGACUGGUAAUGGACAAGACCAGUCAUAACUGUCUGACAGCACAUGGUGCUAAUCAGUUCGCCCGGGCCAUGGGUGUCCCUGAGGUGCCCCAAGAAUCCCUCAUCACUGAAUACUCCAGAAUGCGUUGGAGAAAAAACCUGGCAGAUGAUCCCAACACUGCGGAGAGCCAAAUGGGAAAGAUGGGCACCGUUGGAGCUGUGGCAGUUGACAUAGAAGGCAAUGUAGCAUGUGCUACUUCUACUGGUGGGAUUCUGAACAAGAUGGAAGGACGUGUGGGUGACACACCUUGCAUCGGAUGUGGAGGCUUUGCUGAUAAUCAGGUGGGAGCUGUGUCAACUACAGGCCACGGAGAGGCCAUUAUGAAAGUUACUCUUGCCAGACUCAUCCUGUUUCACAUGGAGCAAGGUCAGUCAGCAGAGGCCGCCUCUGACUUGGGCUUGGCCUACAUGAAGUCUAGAGUGCAGGGAUUGGCCGGGGUGGUGACACUGGAUCCCCAUGGUCACUGGGCUGCUCGGUUCACCAGUCCUCAAAUGGCCUGGGCCGCAGCCCAGAAGGACACCCUACACUAUGGCUUGCUUGCCGGGGAACGCUUUACCCAAGGCAUUGAUGAACCUUAAUGAGAGAGAAACACAACACUCAGGGAGGUUUGCCAUAUUAGCUUCUUUGUUUAAAAUUAGUAAUGCCAAAAAUGUGUCUGUCUAUCACUGUCUAGCGUACAGGUUUCAAAUAUGACUGUCUACUUGCCAAGAUGCAAUAUGGACAUAUAAUGAGCAUACAAGGUCAAACAACAAUUUAAAGAUUCGCGUAGACACCACAAUCGGAAUAAAUGUUGUUUGCAAUAUGUAAUUAUAUUGAACUUAAAGGGGCUCUCACUUUGGUGUUGCUUAUUACGAAUACAACUAAUCACUUCAACCGAAUCACAGGCUAAUCAAUUGAUGGCGAUUACAGUUUGGAACCACAAGAAGGUGCUGUUUCAAACUCUGCAAAAUAGGAAAUGGGUUUACAGUACGGUAUUUCUUAAGCUGUAUAUCGCUGUUUGUAUUGACAUGAAAUAUUUUAUUCCAUAUGAUUUCAAACAAUAAAAUGUUG